CAGAGCCGUUUAAUUGUAUUUUUGUGAGUUAUAUAUACUCCUGCGCUAUGCACGACGGCCGCUGACAAUGCCAUGGCAUAUGCUCGACUAUUUUUUUCCGAUAAUAACCACCAAUCGAUCACCAGUUAUUUCUCAGGAAUCGCACCCCACCGCCAAACCUACAGUCAUGCCUCUUGAUCGUGGCCCAUCGCCUUUCAUCCCCUCCCAUAGACGUUUCGAAGCUAUGUCUCCCUUGGACAGUGAAGUUCACCCAGUCUUCCAUGCUGGUAGAGUAGCAGUUAUCACCGGCGCUGCGAGCGGUAUUGGAAGAGCUGCUGCUGUCGAAUUGGCAAAGCUCGGUCUGAAAAUUGCUAUGGCGGAUAUCGCGGAAGAUGUCUUGGCCUUUGCUGCCAAGGAGGUUAUUACCAUCGCUGGAGAGGCUAAUGUCCUUGUUAUUCCGACCGAUGUGUCGAACAUCGACGAUGUUGUGCGCUUGCGCGACAAGGUCUAUGAGGCAUGGGGCGAGGUCGCAGUUCUCCUCAACAAUGCUGCAGUAGGUCCCGACAGCAAAUCCUGGAAGAUGCUGGACAACUGGAAGAAGACUUUUGACGUCAAUCUCUUUGGUGUGGUCAAUGUACAGCAAACCUUUGUGCCAUCCAUGCUGCACCAGGAGAACCAAGCUGUAGUCAUCAACACUGGAUCCAAACAGGGGAUCACUAACCCACCCGGCAACCCAGCAUACAACGCCGCAAAGGCCGCGGUGAAGAGCCUGACGGAAGGACUCGCACACGAGCUUCGUGAAAGUGCGGCGUGCAACGUCACCGCGCAUCUCUUCAUCCCCGGGUGGACCUUCACAGGUCUGACCGCCCGCGACGGUGGCGUGAAACCCGCAGGCGCUUGGACCGCCGAAGAGACAGUUCUUUUCAUGCUUGACCACGUCCGUGCUGGCGAUUUCUACAUCGUCUGUCCUGACAACGAGUCUCGCCGCGAACUUGAUCAACUACGCAUCAUGUGGGCUGCGGCGGAUGUUGUUGAAGGCAGGCCCGCGCUGAGCCGUUGGCACAAGGACUGGAAAUCCCUCUUCGAAGAGUACGUCCGUGACGGGCUGGCUAACAUGGAUUGAGGAGAGGCGCAAAGAUACACCGGUCAUGUCAGGAGGAAUGCGGAAGCAAAAUACGUGUUCAAAGUAUUAUUUCCGUCGCUAUCGCUUGCAUUGUAUAAUUGUUCUUCCUAUAUUCUUGGCGCUAGAUUGCGAUCGAUCACCUUAUGCACAUGACUUAACCCAUUGCCGCGCGCUCGCCG